AUGGAUCCUGACUUUGAAAUCGAAGAUGUGAACGAAUAUGGUGUGCCGCAGACAACAGCCUCCAAUGGUUAUGGAGUUGUUUUCAAGAUCCUCGUUGGUCUUAUCUUCAUUGCCCUCUAUUUCUUAGUGUCUCGUUUCUCGGCGGCUUUUGGCACAAGGUUGGCCAGGCUUGCGACUGAUACUCACCAAAGGAAUUACGAUGUGGAAAUGCGUGAAGCUAGGAGACGUCUACAGGAACGAUUCGACAACGAAAGGCGAAACCGUAAAACGCAGAACAAUGGAAACAUCCCAACCGAAGACACGGAAAAGUCAAAGAGCAAAGCAGAUCCUCAGAAAUCUACGAAGCGUAUCAAAGCUCCCAAUCCAGAAACACUAAAUAGUUCAGGGUACUUUCCCCUGAUAGGGGACAGCAGCGGUUCCAACGUCUGUUUUCGCCGUUCUAGGAAGCCUGGCGGAUGA